GAUUCGAGGCUGGUGGCGCGUUGGGGGAGCUGAAGGUCGCGAGUUCGAAUCCUGACCAGGAAGGAAAGCAGGCUCGAGAUGAGCAGCUCACGCUUCAACACGCCGGUAGAUACAGUGGUGUACGAAACCCAGUUCUUCGGCUUCACCCCUCAGACGUUCAUGCUGCGGAUCUAUUUCGCUUUCCAAGACCAUCUCUCCCACAUCAUUCUGGUGGCGGAGGAGGCGAUCCUGAACAAAAUGAAGACCGCGGGCUCUCGCAUGCCGCCUUCCAUGAUCCGGAAAAGUACCGAGCAAUUCUUUUCUUUCAUGAGGGAGCGUUUCGAGAAGCUGUUCGCCAAGAUGGAAGAAACGCUCCUGAAGACGGUGUUGAGCGUCCCCAAGAACGUUUUGCUUCCGGAAGACAAAGCCCAAGAGGAAUUCCGCUACACGGCUGAACGGUUUCAGGAACUGCAGGAAGAGAUCAGCCGCUUGGAGCAACAGGUGAAGGCCGAAACGCAGGCAGAGCAGGCGCUUCGAGCGGAACUGGAAGAGCAAAAGGUGGUCCAGGACCACCUCGAAGGCAUCCUUCAGUGGUUUGACGGCCUGGACGGCGUAGGGAGGGAAGAGGGAACAGGGAAUCUUAAAGAAAGCUUUGCCGCCUUGACCAAAACAGCCGUCAAACUGCAGGACGUAGUGGGGGAGGUGGGCGAGAAAAUGAAAUGGGUGGAGAAGCAGUGAUGGUGUAAAAGCAGCGAAAUA